GCAAAGUACAUUAAUUUUAUUGAACUUAAAUACACUUGAAACAGCUUAGUUGAUCAUUAGAUAAUGAUACUGUACCCACAGUUAUUCUUCGUUUAAUAAUAACAAGUUAAUUUGCUAAUGUCAUGUUUUGUACUCGUAAUUAUGUUUGAGACGAUGAACCAAAAUGUACGGCCUUACUUUGUGAAUUUAAAUACGAGCAUAUAAAAAUAAUAAAGAAAAUAUGUUAGAUUUUUUCUUAAGUACUUUCUUUGUACUGUAGACGCCUCAUUACAAAACGAAAGGACAGAUUAUUCAAUUAAAUAAUAUACAAGAAAAACCAAUAAAAAAAUAUACACAUUAUGCAUGCUUACUUAAAUCAUAUUUGUGGUCACCAAAUGUAUACGUCUGUCGUUUAAUUGACUGUUGUUGGAUGUUGAAACGCGGAUGAGUGGAGGUGUUAUUAAAUGUCAGUGGUAGAAAAAGGGGCGAUUAUCGGUGUACACAUGUUGUGUUUAUGGUAGCACUUGGCUUUUUUUCAACACACUCCUAUAACCUUAAGAUACAAUUUUUUUUCUCCAUUUUUUACCGUCAUAUUUUUACUUUUAUAUAUACAUACAUACAAGACAAUAAUAUUGUCCAAUGACUAUUAUUAUCCGAUUGAGUGAUGGAGAUGAACAAAAAAAAAAAAACAAAUAAACAUGAUGUUUAAAACGCGAGCUAAACACUUGGUAAUGACAUAAGGGAUAACUGUACAAAGAGAAGGAGGAGGUAAAAAUCACGUGUGACUUGCUGAUGAUAAAUGUGUUAACUUAGAGAUAGAAAAAGAGAGAGAAAACUAUCCCUUUGGCCAUCGUCUUGUAAGGAUUUUGUUCAUGUUCAGUUUUAAGUGGAACGCGAACAACACAACGUUGUUGAAAUUCGAAAAUGAAAACUGAAAACCAAGACGAACCGUACGUUUGGUUUGACCAAUGUCUAGGGACGGAGCCACAGGAUUGGAUGAAGGAUUUCGGUCUAGAAUGGUUUGACGAAGAACUUUUGAACGAUGGCUGCGAUGGAGUUACGAAUGUAGAAUCACCGCAGCGGAGAUUGUCCACGGAGGACGAAAAUGACGAGGAUUAUUAUUUUCUUGGAUCUCAAAAAGACCGACAUGAAGUGCCCUGUGAGAUUGAGGAAUCUGCUUGGUUCCAACAGCAUCAAUAUUCACCAACCGAAGAAAAAAUCAUUUCUCCAUUGACGUUACCUUCAAUGAUACCAGGUACGAGGAUGUUUUCGGACAAUCUUUCAAGAAUUAGAUAUCCCUAUAAUUUGGAUAUAACAAACAUCAACUCGAUAGAUCUCAGCCAUUCGGGACGUUUGGAUUCUUUUGGUCAUUCCGUCAAUUUUCAUUCUAUGACUAAUGAUGAUAAUGAUGUAUUUGAUAUAUCAAUUUUUACGGACUGUAGUGAUGAUACUUUUUUUAUGACUGACAAUCAAGUGGUUAUGCCCAGAGAAGAUUGUAGUGCUAUGUUUGAUACAACGUUGGAACCUGUUUUUCAAGGCGAUCCUCCUCUGGAGAGAUGCGAAGAAGUAAGAAUCUGCGAGUGGGAAGGAUGUACUGUUCGGGUGGAGGGUGCAGGUCAAGAACCUCUUGUGCGACAUAUCGAAAAGCUGCACGUGGACAGUGCACCGCGAGGCGCCUGCGCCCAGUACACGUGUCAGUGGCGAGGGUGUCCCAGGCGUGUGCGCCCGUUCAACGCCCGAUACAAACUACUCAUACACAUGCGCGUCCAUUCCGGCGAAAAACCGAACAAAUGCACGUUUUUUGGAUGUUCAAAAGCAUUUUCUAGGCUAGAGAACUUGAAAAUUCAUCAAAGAUCACAUACUGGGGAAAAACCUUAUGCAUGCCAAUUUGUUGGGUGCGUGAAAGCGUUUAGUAAUAGUUCUGAUAGAGCUAAACACCAGAGAACUCAUUUUGAACAAAAACCUUAUGCAUGUAUGGUAUUGGGUUGCAACAAAAGGUAUACAGAUCCCAGUUCGCUGAGAAAACAUGUGAAAAAUCAUUCAUCACAACCGUCAACAAAAACUGUUUCGAAAUCAUAUAUUCAACCAGCGUUAUCAUCCAACAAUAACAAUUCCCAAAGAACAAUAAUUAUCUCAAAUGAAAAACUUUUACAAAUAAAACAAGAAAACAUCUGGUGAUUUGAUCAAGUUUAAAAUUUCGUGUAUUAGCUAAUUUGUUGUUUAUUGCGUGGUAAAAUUAUUAUUAUAAAAAAGAAUUCUCAUUUAUUUUUAUUUUUUCAAACUGUGUUAGUUGUAAGUUUCUUUGUGAGAAGAAAUUACGUAUUUCUAUUGUGAUUAUUUAACCGCGAAUCUCACUUAUAAAUUAA